CUAUAAUACUGACGUCAGUGACUACCAAAAAAAUCACAUUGCACCCAAGUAAAAACUUAAGGUAUGUGAACAUUUCCUUUCAGACGAUCAUUGAAACUUUCAUUUAUCCGUUGAUAAACUUAAACUUUAAACAUAUUUUGCUCCAAAUGCAAUCAAAUGCGUCGUAAAUAAACAAAUAGCGCGAAUUCCGUCAAAUCCUCGAAUUCUGUCUUACCGACAAUUUAAAGUGUUGAUAACCCAGAGGUCAUAUCCGCGGAACUCGUGCCGUCGCUUUAUGGACAAAUAAUUUUCGCCACUUGGGAUAAGAAACUUAGUCGUUAGACACGCCUAGAAAUGUGAUUUCUUGACAAAAAUAAAUCGACCCAACGGGAGAGCUAUUAUCUUUUGUAAAAACACUUCCAUAAGAUUUUUCAUUUUGGAACAGAAUCUACAAUCUUCCCUUCUUUGCUAUGGGAAACUGUCUAAUCGACAAAAAUCAGAGCAUUCCAUGCAGUGCUCAAGGUUUUUUUUCUUUCGGUGAUGCCUCAGAUAGAGGGUUGAUAGGUGCAUGCAGAGGUUGCCCACAUUAGACAAUAAGAUUGUUAUUAGUAUGUCAUCAGUUCAUUUUACUUAUUGUUUUUAUGACAAUUUUAAUCAUCACAAAUUUCAGCUGAUUUGGCCUCUACUUGCUAGAUAUAAGACCAACGUUGGCAAUCGGUUCGUUUUGUGGAGUAACCCAGCACCGGCGUGCAAUCGGUCGAAAUUGCUCUGAACAAUUCCUGCAGACGGCGUUAAAAUGAAGCUGUUGAUGAUGUGUUUACUUCUUACUUUCCAUUCCUACCACGAAGCACUGUCGGGUCAAUCUUACGAACAAUAUCUCUCUGAUCUGGAACAGAUUCAUGUGCAAAUGUUCAAGGAAAAACUGCUGAAAGAGCUUGGAUUGUCUUCAGUCCCAAACAUCUCUAAAGAACAAACACCCAAGUUUCCGAAGUUUUUUAAAGAUUACCUCGAGUCGGAACUGAAAGACUUUGCUGCAAAACAUACUGAUUCGAACAACCUGAAGACUGGGAAGGAAGAUCUGUUCUUAUUUGCUAAGCAAGGUACGUUUUGUUUUAGAACGACAAUGAUAAAACUGUGCAUGAUGUAGAAUUUUAAAACUAUUUUAGGAUUUAAAAAAAAGGCAGAAGAGUUCAAACAGAGACAGUUCUUGUUCAUCUGUGACGGGUCUAUUGCGUACAUCUGAGGCAAUCAAAUGAUUUUCAGAGGACACCAUCGUCGCGAGUCAAUUUAAGAUGUCUGUUUGUAGUAAGUGGUCAAUAGCUUUGAUUACUAAAGCUUAGCAAUGAAGUGGGCACAAGGAAAUAUAUUGCAAUUGAACUUACGUAAUGAGACUGACAUGCUGCAAAAUGUUAUGAAAUAUGAAGAUACCUUAGAUUUUGCUGAUAAUUUUUGCUUAAAUAUAUAUAUUUCAGUUGCUUCACAACCUAAUGGAGGUAGAAUGAAUUACAUCUUCAAUUCGAGAUCCAGAAAUUCAAAUCUGAUGAUUAGAUCUGCAACUCUAUGGAUUCACCUGGUAGAAUCACUCUCUACAACGGUUGACAAGAAACCGAACCACAGCAACAGCGAUUUGCACCUUUACAAGAAAUACAUAUCGGCUACAGAAAAUGGUUAUAGCAUGACAAGACAGCUUUUCCACUCCGAACGUUUGAAGGCGGCUGCUGGCUGGCAUAAAGUAACAGUGACCGGUACAGUGAAAGAAUGGUUCUCUCUUCAUGUGGACCAUGAUCUCGGCUUGGAUGUUGAAAUGAAAGGAACGCCAUCUCUGGUCAUUGGGAAUGUUAGCGACAACGCUACCGGGCAGACACUUCAGCCAUUUCUUGCAGUCGAAGCGGAAGAGAAGCAGUCCUUAAACCGAAAGAAAAGAGAUAGAGUGUUAACAAAUUGCUCCACCACCGCCCCGUUGAAAUGCUGCUUACACGAGUGGAGAGUUAAUUUCUCCGCAAUCGGCUUGCAUUUCGUGCACUUUCCCAAAACUGCAACUGUUAACUUCUGCGCUGGUAGCUGUAAGUCUUCCGGUCUGUACAGGCCGUCACCCGCCGCUCGAUUGAACAUGCUGAAACGCCUCUAUGGCCGUAGGGUGCAAGAUUUACAGUGCUGUAGGCCACUUUUUAUGGAAAGCGAGAGAUUACUUAUCGUACUUGAAAACGGAACAACUACAACACAUUUGGUCUCUAGAAUGAAAGCCAAAUCUUGCCAAUGUUCUGUUUAAUAACUGGUCACGACAAGCCUAGGUACCCACUCGAUAGCUGUGAUGACAUGGAAAAUUUAUGGCUAUAACUUCUAUGGGCUAUAAAAAAAGAUGUUUGGAAUAACAUUGGAAUCUUAGAGUAGAUGACCUUUCGCGUGACAUUAGAGAAUUUUUU